CUCAGAAAACGGCGAAUAUUGUUACGCGGAAAACAACGUUUAUAAGUAGACUUGAGUGACAGUUCUUUUUUUUUUCGUUCGCGUGUGUUUUGUGCCAGUAUUAAUUUAUGUGAACAUGUUUCGUGAUAACUUUGGGAUUUAAAUAUUCGAAGUACAAUUUACGAGUGGUAAUUUAUUCGCGGCCAAAAUACAACUUUUACGAGGUAUAAAGUUAUCGCGGCGACGUUGCCAGCUAUAUUUGUUCAGUGAGAAGUGCUACGUCUGUGAUGUUGUUCGUAAAAGCCGACAAUGGGGACUGUCGAGAUGAGGAUGGGCCGUAAAAGCGAUAUCGGGAACCUAGGAAAGAUGAUUCGGGUGGUUUACACCGCCUUGUUGUUGUGGAGGUUCGACUGCGUCGUGGAGAGCACCAAAGUUGUAAAGAGCAGUAUGCGACACCAGACCACAUCACCACAGAGUCGGAUCGGCCCCACGGCGUCCCUCCGUGAUGGUGAGCCGGACUUCAUCAAACCCAUAGAAAAUGUCACUGUGGCUCUCGGCAGAGAGGCUGUUCUUACUUGCUCUGUGUCCGAACUUGGAGACUAUAAGGUGGCGUGGAUAAGAUCCGAUGACCAGACCAUCCUGACCCUCCACACUCGACUGGUGACCCACAGUUCCCGGUACGCGGUCACCAACGACCCACCCAACUCCUGGCAACUACACAUACGGCCCCUGAAGGUCGAAGACAGAGGAUGUUACAUGUGCCAAAUCAACACCAGCACUAUGAAGAAGCAAAUCGGAUGUGUUGAUGUUUUAGUACCCCCAAAUAUUGUGGACGUGGGAACCAGUGGUGAUCUGGUCGCUAGAGAGGGCGACAAUGCCAGUCUGUCCUGCAAAGCAGACGGGAGACCACUUCCAAGGAUUCUGUGGAGACGAGAAGACGGCACCAAUAUUCUUCUGAGGAACGAAGUUGGGGAAUUACACAAAGUGGACAUGUUCAUGGGUCCCAAUCUGAACCUGACGAGAGUGGAACGGAGGCAGAUGGGCGCCUACCUUUGUAUCGCAUCCAAUGACGUGCCACCUUCAGUCAGCAAGAGGAUUAUGCUCAGUGUAAAUUUUGCGCCCUCUAUAGUGGUAUCCACUAAAGUGAUAGGUGUCCCGACAAGUUCGCAUACAAGGCUGGAGUGCUUCGUUGAAGCGUACCCACACGCUAUCAAUUACUGGCUCAAGAAUGGAGAAGAUAUGAUUCUAACAGAUGACAAGCACGAGACGUCAGAAGAUCGUAUUUCAUCAUACCAGGCUCGACUAAGUCUCACUAUAUCGGACUUCAAGAGUGAGGAUGCUGGAACCUAUACGUGCAUCACUACCAAUACAAUGGGGAAAGCAGAAGGAACUAUCAGACUUUAUGAAAUUAAGAUUACAACAACAACUACCACGACGACGACAACAACAACGACAACUACAACGACGACAACAACACCGCCCCCUACUACAACGGAGUACACGCCCCCGCCGCGUUUCGUGGUGCCGUUGCAACCGGCGGAACAAAAGUUCUAUACACCAGAUGUUACUACAUACGAUACAAUGCAAAAUGUAAUAGAACAGUCCGUCCUUGACAACCACUGGCUGCCGACUGCGGAGUCGACGGGAUCCACCGGCCACCAAGCCUUGCCUCUCCCCACUCUCGCUCUUAUUUCAGUGUUACCAUAUUUAACACGCGUAUUCUCUAGUUUAAGCGCUUUCCUUAAUAUUAAUAGAAAUACCGAAUUAAUCCCGCAAAGUAGAAGAUGAUAGGUUAUUAGUAUGUAUUUCCUGUCAGUUUGAUUAUGUUUCAUUUAAAUUAAUGAUGGCGAUGUGCCUACAUUAAUUAUGCAAAUCUCUUUCCCUGCUGUUUAAAUAUUAUUACGGUAUUCGUUGGGUUGAAAAUGUGUGUACGAAUAGCAAAACAAGCAAUGAGGAAGUUUGUGUUAAUUUAUUAUUUAGUAUCAAUUAGUAUAAGAAUUAAAUAUACUGUGGAAGUUUUGCCUGGUAUAAUCUACAAAUAACAAAAUAUGGCCUGAAGUAGAACAUACCGCAAUGUUUAAGGUUUUUAAGAAACUUGAAAAACGUAAUCUCCGAGAUCAAAAUUUUGCAUACAUUUUUGUCUUUGUUUAUUGUUGUUAUUUUUCUAACGAAAGUAAUUUUUUAUUUUCAUUUAUAUCAAUUGUACUGAACUAUAUUUACAUUGAAAUGAAUAUUCAAUUAAUCAUACGAAAGCAUAUCAACAAAAUGUAUAAAUAGACUCCCAAUGUAAAUAAUACAGUAGAUGUAAAAAUAAAAAGCGAAAACGAAGAUUGACUAAAUAUUAUUUUAGACUAUAAUUUGGCCUUAAGUUUAUUUCUAGAACUAUGAUAAAAUAAAAUAAUAUUGUCCAUAAUUUUAUAUUCAUUCAUAAUUUAAUGAUCGAUGUUCGAAACGGCACCUAACCUCGAAAACAUUAUUUUUAUGUUAUUUUAGUAAAUUACUUUUUGAUAAAUUAUUACGUUAUAAAAGAAGUAAUACUAGUAAUUCUGACAGAAUAUUAGUUUUAUAUUUGAAACCGCUAUGUAUUUUUCAAUCCAUAAUUUGUAGAGGGCAAAACAAUUGUAAUGACAAUACAACAUUGUUCAUACUACAAUUGCGUCUCAACAUCCGACAGUACAAUUUUGUGGCAUAAAAUCUUUUACCAUCAUAGAUUACUUUUGGUCAGAACAAAAUAAUAAAUACCAAAUAUUGGUAUAUUUCUCUUGUUCAUGCCGAAACCUGACUCUUCUUUGUAACUUACUGAUUUAUUAGAAAAUUUUAAUCUUUACAUAUUAAGAUUUUGCUGUUUUAAUUUGAUAAGCGUUAUUUAGUUUUAGGGAGUGUUAUGUAAAUA